AUGGAGGUGUCUGUACAGUGCAGCAGCAUCUGGGAUGAUGUUUUGGAGCUAACGAAGGUGGCCCAAGAGAAGGGUUGUGACCCUUUGGUGUGGGCAAUUCAAGUUUCCUCACAUUUGACCUCAGCUGGAGCGCCUCUGCCUUCUAUUCACCUGGCCCAUCUCUUGGUGUCUCACAUUUGCUGGGAGAAUAAUGUGCCCUCUGCUUGGAAAUUGUUGGAGAAGGCCUUGGUUCUCAAGAUUGUGCCUUCUCUCAUUGUCUUUCCACUGCUAUCCAAUAGGGUUAUCCCAAAUCGUCAUUUGCGACCUGCAGCCUUCAGGCUUUAUAUGGAACUCCUGAAAAGACACAUAUUCACACUUAAAAUGCACGUAUGCAUGCCAAUCAAUGAAAAGGUCAUGGAUUACUUGGACUCUGUUCUCCAUUUCUCUCAGAUAUUUGGCAGACGGGCCGAGGAGCAUGGCACUCUUGUGAUUGACAUUAUUUUUUCAACUGUUUUUCAAUUACUUGAUGCAUCGUUAGAUGAUGAAGGGUUGCUUCAACUUACUCCAGAGAAGAAAUCUAGAUGGCUAAAUAAACCUGAAGAUAUGGAUUUGGAUGGAUUUAAUAGUUAUGAUGCAGAGAUGUUUGAGCAUAAAGAGAGACUGAAAAGUAUGAAUACGGUCAUGUGUGUUGAGUUGAUUGGGAAAUUUCUAAGAAACAAAGUAACUUCCAGGAUUCUUUACUUGGCUCGCCAAAACAUGGCCGCACAUUGGGAAGAUUUUAUCCAACGCAUAGAACUGCUUAUUGCAAAUUCUUCAGCAUUGCAAAAUUCAGAAGUUCUAACUCCAGAUGGUCUCCGUCAGUUAACAUCAGGUGUUCACAAUUUACUGUCUAGGGACUGCAGAGCAAAUUCUCUGAGAGAGUCUCAAGCAUUAAUGGCUUCAAAACCUUUGGCAACCUGUGCUGGUCUUUUCCUUGGGACUAGUUGUUCUUCUUUUUGGCUACCUCUUGAUCUGGUAUUAGAAGAUGCAAUUGAUGGUUCACAAGUUAGUGCCACAAGUGCCAUUGAGAUUAUAACUGGUUUAGUGAAGUCCCUUCAGGCAAUAAAUUGUACCAGUUGGCAUGAGACUUUCUUAGGACUUUGGAUGGCAGUGCUGCGAUUUGUCCAAAGGGAGAGGGAUCCUAUUGAGGGACCGGUGCCCCGUUUGGAGACUCGCUUGUGCAUGUUGUUCUCUAUCACAACACUUGUGAUAGCUGAUCUCAUUGAGGAAGAGGAAAGUGCAGACCCUAACGGGAUUGAGCACAGUAUGGAUGGACACUUUGAAAAACAGGGUUAUGGACAACGUCGUAAAGAUUUAAUCUCUAGUCUACAGUCUCUUGCUGGUUACCAGAGCUUGCUAAUUCCACCUGAGUCAGUUAUUUCUGCGGCCAACCAGGCAGCUGCAAAAGCAAUGAUGCUUGUGUCAGGCAUCAAUAUUGGCAGUGCAUAUUUUGAAUGCAUCAACCUGAAAGAUAUGCCAACGAAUUGUUCUGGAAACCUAUACCAUUUGAUAAUUGAAGCCUGCAUUGCCAGGAAGCUACUGGAUACAUCUGUUUAUUUCUGGCCUGGCUAUGUAAAUGGACGAAUUAACCAGUUACCGCACAGUUUGCCUACUCAAGUGCCUGGUUGGUCAUCAUUCCUGAAGGGGUCCAUGCUUACUCCAGUAAUGGUUAAUGCUUUAGUUUCAAGCCCUGCUUCAAGCUUAGCGGAACUUGAGAAAAUCUUUGAAAUGGCGGUUAAAGGUUCAGAUGAUGAGAAAAUAGCUGCUGCAACAAUUCUUUGCGGUGCCUCGUUAAUUCGUGGUUGGAACAUUCAGGAACACACUGUCUACUUUAUAACUAGAUUGUUGUCCCCUCCAGUUCCUGCAGGCUAUUGUGGAAAAGACAGCCACUUGAUUUGCUAUGCACCAAUGCUGAAUGUGCUGCUAGUUGGAAUAGCACCUGUUGACUGUGUCCAGAUAUUCUCUCUUCAUGGCAUGGUUCCGCAACUUGCUGGUUCUCUAAUGACAAUCUGUGAAGUAUUUGGAUCCUGUGUUCCUGACGUUUCAUGGAAACUGCCAGGUGGAGAGGAAAUCUCAGCUCAUGCUGUAUUUUCAAAUGCGUUUGCUCUACUUCUAAAGCUGUGGAGAUUUAAUCAUCCACCUAUUGAGUAUGGAGUAGGAGAUGUGCCACCUGUGGGGUGUCAGUUAACUCCUGAAUACCUGUUACUAGUACGUAAUUCCCAUUUAGUGUCUUCGGGAAAUAUUCUAAAGGAUCCACAUAGAAGGAGACUUGCAGCCGUUGUAAAUUCAUCCUCUCCGAAUCCGAUAUUUUUGGAUUCAUUUCCUAAACUCAAAGUAUGGUAUAGACAACAUCUGGCAUGUAUAGCUUCGACUCUCUCUGGUCUAGUAAAUGGGACCCCUGUCCACCAAACUGUUGAUGUGCUACUUAACAUGAUGUUCCGAAAAAUUAAUAGGGGAAGCCAAUCGUUGACCAGUGUGACAUCUGGAAGUAGUAGUUCCUCUGGGCCAAGUGAGGAUACUUACCCAAGGCCUAAAUUACCUGCAUGGGAUAUACUUGAAGCUGUGCCCUUUGUGGCCGAUGCUGCUUUAACAGCAUGUGCCCAUGGUAAACUCUCUCCUCGUGAACUGUGCACAGGGCUUAAAGAUUUGUCCGAUUUUCUUCCUGCAUCCUUGGCAACCAUAGUGAGUUACUUCUCAGCUGAAGUCACACGUGCCAUUUGGAAACCUGCUUUUAUGAACGGGACAGAUUGGCCAAGCCCUGCUGCAAAUCUAUCCAAUGUGGAGGAACAGAUCAAGAAAAUUUUAGCUGCGACUGGUGUGGAUGUACCAAGCCUUGCUGCAGGGGGAAGCUCUCCAGCUACACUCCCACUGCCAUUGGCUGCCUUUCUCAGUCUAACUAUAACCUAUAAACUUGACAAAGCCUCGCAACGCUUUCUCAAUCUGGCAGGCCCUGCUUUGGAGUCACUUGCAGCUGGGUGCCCAUGGCCAUGCAUGCCAAUUGUGGCGUCUUUAUGGACCCAAAAGGCCAAACGUUGGAGCGACUUCCUGGUUUUCUCUGCAUCACGCACGGUGUUCCUUCACAACAAUGACGCUGUUGUGCAGCUUCUCAAAAGUUGCUUCUCCGCCACCAUUGGAACAAAUGCUUCCUCUUCCUCUAUAACAAGCAGCAACGGGGGCAUUGGGGCCCUUCUUGGCCAUGGCUUUGGAUCUCAUUUUCAAGGUGGAAUCUCUCCCGUUGCCCCAGGUAUCCUAUAUCUACGAGUGUACAGAUCACUUAGAGACAUCAUGUUCUUGAGAGAAGAGAUUGUUUGUGUGUUGUUGCAAUCUGUGAGGGACAUAGCUUUCAGCGGUCUCCCGAGAGAGAGGUUGGAGAAGCUGAAGAAGGCCAAGAACGGGAUGAAGUAUGGAAACGUUUCUCUAGUCACUGCAAUUACUAAAGUGAAAGUGGCAGCCUCGCUGGGGGCUUCUUUAAUGUGGUUAUCAGGGGGAUUUGGUCUAGUGCAAUCACUAAUUAAAGAGAUAUUACCCUCUUGGUUUCUGUCAGUUCACACAUCUGAACAAGCAGGAGGAGGAGGAGACUCAGCUGGGAUAGUUCCAAUGCUACAGGGCUAUGCACUCGCAUACUUCACCAUACUCUGUAUUGUUUUCGCUUGGGGCAUCGACUCAUCCACUUCAGCAUCAAAGCGCAGACCGAAAAUCCUCUGCCGCCACAUGGAAUUCCUCGCAAGUGCUCUCGACGGCAAAAUAUCACUGGGUUGUGAUCCGGGUACAUGGCACGCUUAUGUGUCGGGAUUCUUGAGCCUCAUGGUGGGGUGCACCCCAUCGUGGGUGUGCGAAGUGAAUGUAGAGCUGCUCAAGAGGCUAAGUAAAGGGCUGAGACAAUGGAAUGAGGAAGAGCUUGCCUUUGCCUUGCUGGGCACCGGUGGGGUAGGUACAAUGGGAUUAGCUGCAGACCUGAUUAUAGAAACAGCCUCCUAGUACUUGCUCCUUUUUAUCAAGUUUUGUAGAUUUGCUCAUUCAUUCUAACAUACUCACUGGGUAGUACUAAUGUUUAUAAAUAAAUAUAUUUUAUAUACAUACAUAUAAUGUAGUGUCCAGUCCAGUUAGGGAGUUUAUUUACUCCAAGCUUACUCA